GUACUACAAACAUGUGUACUAUCAUGUGGUGAGUCAUGAUGAUGCAGAGAAAAAACUGAGACAAGCAGAUCAUCAAGCAGGUACUUUUUUAAUUAGAGAUAGUGAAAGCAAACCUGGACAAAAUUAUAUUCUCUCACUCAGUGAUGGAUCUAAUAUUAAAUACUAUCGUAUAUACACUCAGAAUAGUAAGUAUUAUAUGACCACUCACGUCCAGUUUGACUCACUCAAUGACCUGGUACAUCACUACAUGAUGGAAGCUGAUGGUCUGCCCUGCUCACUAACAGUUCCUAUAUUCAAACAAGUAAACAUACCCAUUGCAAUGAGUAUAGAGUUGAAAAUUAGUAAGUCGUCAAUCAAAUUUUUUCAAUGCAUAAAUGCUGGACAGUUUGGAGAGACGUGGAAGGGUGAUUGUAAAGAUAAAGGGCCAGUUAUCAUUAAAACAAAUAUAGCAACAAAUAUUGUACAAGAAACAUUUCUUGAAGAGGCCAACAUAUUGAAAAAACUAAAUCAUAAGAACAUCAUCAGUCUAUAUGGUGCUUGUACUGAAAGUUAUCCUUUUUAUAUUGUAACAGAACCAAUCAAUGGAAGCCUCAAAGAUUACCUAACUACAAAUAAUCCUACACCAGCAGAGUUGGUAGCUAUUACUAUUCAAGUUACUGAUGGUAUGAUGUAUCUAGGAGAACAAGAUUACAUUCAUUGUGAUCUAAGAGCUGAAAACAUACUAUUAGGAGAUCAUAACACUGUCAAGAUAGCAAACUUUCACCUAGCUCGACACCUCAAUGGCAAUAAAUACUGGAUUGCUAAGAAGAAAGAUAAGCUUGCUAAAAAAUGGACAGCACCUGAAGGAUAUACUUUAAACCGACUGAGUAUUAAAUCUGAUGUUUGGUCAUUUGGUAUAUUACUAUGGGAACUGGUUUCAAAAGGAAAGGAACCAUAUCCUGGCAUGACUGAUGAAGAAGUAAAGGAGGCAGUAUCAAAAGGUUAUCAUAUGCCUAUACCUCGAGAUUGUCCUGAACCAUUUAAACUACUUAUGAUGAACUGCUGGAAGCAGAAUGAAUAUGAAAGGCCAAACUUUAUACACAUCUUUAAUAUACUUUACUUACGAAAUAAAUAGACUAUGCAUUCAUAUUUACUAGUUUUCUUAAUGCACUGUAUAAUACAAAAGAAGCCAA